GAAUGUGUGUGUGUGUGUGUUGGUGACACAGGACAAAAUGAGAUGAGACCCCUCGGACGGGAGCGGCCGCCCGGCUGCGAUCCCUGAUCCCUGCCCGAUCCCUGCCCGCUCCCGCACAUCGCUGCGAUCGCCACCGGGCACGGGCGCAGCCCCAGCAUCCCCGCCAAGAUGCCACUGACCCGUGCCUCCAGCUCACCUCGACGCUGCCAUGGCCACGCUAGAGACACUGCCCGUCCUGAGUGACCCCACCCGCGCCAGCCCGCAGAACUUCCACGGACUCGCCGCCCGGCCAUCCCGAACCGCCGCCCCCAGGAGCGCCAUGGGGAGCGUGGGCAGCGGCGUGGCCAACGACCAGGAGUUUGCCAUGAAGAGCGUGGGCACCCGGACGCAGGGCAGCGGCCGCCAGGCCUCCGAGGGCUCCCGCAACAACGGCUACUCCGCGCGGGAGAUCUCCAACUGCUACUCCGGCGAGGAGAAGACCUACAAGUCGGAGAAGGUCUCCAACUCCCUCUACAUCAACGGCGACCUGCGCAAGAGCGAGAAGGUGAAGAUGGACAUCUGUGGGAACGUGACCUCCAACAACGAGAAGAACCUGCCGCCUCCUCCCCAGUACCGAGAGCCCGGUAACCCACCAAAGAUAUUGCCAAUCUCCGGCAAACUCGACCAGAGCAAUGAGCCCUUAGUUAGACCCUCAGCCUUUAAGCCAGUAGUUCCUAAAAACUUCCAUUCCAUGCAGAACCUCUGCCCGCCGCAGAGCAACGGGAUGACGGAGAACAGGAAGAGCUUGAACCACGCCAACAGCAAUAGCCCGUCCGCACCCAAAGCUGGGCUCGACAAGGGCAGCCUUAACAGGACUACAAACCAAGGGGGGGGGCUCUCGGAUUCGGGGCGUAACUCCCUAACGAGCCUGCCCACCUACGGGACGGGCUACAGCCAGCACGUGGGGCCCAUGAGCGCCUCCACCAGCCACAUCAACCGCAUCGGCACCACCUACGUGGAGAAGAACAUCGUGGGAUACAACGGGAUAUCUACCUCAGACAGCGGGCGGUCCUCCAGCAAGAGCACCUCCUCCUUCAGCAGGCUGAACCAUCUCAACGAGACCAUGCCUUUCCACUCGCCUUCCACGGACGACAUCAUCCAGGACCUGGAGGACCGGCUGUGGGAGAAGGAGCAGGAGGUCCUCCAGAUGCGGAGGAACCUGGACAAGAGCGAGGCGGCGAUCUUCCAGGUCUUCGAGGAGAAGCAGAAGAUCUGGGAGAGGGAGAUGGAGGACCUGAGGCAGAACUACGCCAACAAGCUGCAGCAGGUCUCCAAAAAGGCGCAGCGGGCUCAGCAGGCUUUGCAGCUCCAAAUUUUCAAGCUCCAGCAGGAGAAAAAAAAACUCCAGGACGACAUGGGGCAACUCCUCCAGCAGCGAGAGGAGCUGGAGAAGAAAUUUGUGGCUUUCAAGAAGGAGCAGGCUGAGUUUCUCCCAAAGAUUGAAGAGACCAAGUGGGAGGUGUGCCAGAAGGCAGGCGAGAUCUCCCUGCUCAAGCAGCAGCUGAAGGACUCCCAGGCAGACGUCUCCCAGAAGCUGAACGAGAUCGUGGGGCUGCGCUCGCAGCUCAAGGAAGGCAAGAACUUCCUGCGGGAGAAGGAGGAGCAGAUCCUCACCCUGAAGGACUCCUACAGCUCCAAGAGCGUCAACCUGGAGAUCUGCGAGGGCGAACUGCAGCGCAAGAUGAGCGAGGUGCAGGUGCUGAGGGAAAAACUGAACCACUGUGAGCUGGAGGUCUCCGGCCUGAAGCGGACACUUGCCAGCAUGGGACCCCCGGGGCCCUUCGGGGGCGACCUGGGCGAGAAGCUGCGGGACCCGCUGGCCUGCGAGAGCGACGAGGCCAAGAUGCAGCGGCAGAGCGAGGACAGCGUGAACUCCCUGCGGAAGGAGGUGGAGAGGCUCCAGACGGAGCUGAAGCUGGAGCGGCAGCAGCGGGAGCAGCAGGUGAUGGACUUCGAGGAGGAGCGGCGCACGUGGCAGGAGGAGAAGGAGAAGGUCAUCAAGUACCAGAAGCAGCUGCAGCUGAACUACGUGGAGAUGUACCAGAAGAACCAGCUCCUGGAGCACAAGGUGAACGAGAUGAACACCAAGGCCACCAGCCCCCCGCACACCGAGGAGAAAAAGACGUGGACUCCCUCCAGGCUCGAGCGAAUUGAGUCCACCGAGAUCUGAGGAGGGGCCACCACCACGACACAACGAGAUUUUUUUAUUGCUGUGCAUGUACUACCUACUCAAGCCAGUGAUCUUCCGAAGGAUAACGCGCUACCGCCGGAGCAGGGGGAGCCUGCUCUGCUCCCAGCCGAGCUCCACCACCCUUACUCUCCACUUCUGUGCUCUGUAGGUAAAAUAACUGUGGAUGUGC